AUGUCUCUUAGCGCGAGCGUUGAAAAUUUAUCCACUCAAUGCGAUAAUCAGGGCUCUGGUGAAAAUGGUAAUAUGUGUUUAGAAUUAGCUCUGGAAGGUGAAAGGUUAUGCAAAGCUGGAGAUUGUCGUUCUGGCGUUGCCUUCUUUCAAGCAGCCAUACAAGCAGGAACAGAUGAUUUGAGAACGUUGAGUGCUAUUUAUUCCCAAUUAGGAAAUGCAUAUUUUUAUCUUGGUGAUUACAAUAAAGCCAUGAUGUAUCACAAACAUGAUUUAACACUUGCUAGAACAAUGGGAGACAUUUUAGGAGAAGCUAAAUCAAGUGGAAAUUUAGGAAACACAUUAAAAGUUAUGGGAAAAUUCGAUGAAGCCAUGGUUUGUUGUAAACGACAUUUAGAUAUUUCCAGAGAACUAAACGACAAACUGAGCGAAGGCAGAGCAUUAUACAAUCUUGGUAAUGUUUAUCACGCUAAGGGAAAGCAUAUCGGAAGGGUAGGUCAGCAAGACCCUGGAGAAUUUCCAGAAGAAGUCAAAGAAUGUUUGCAACAAGCUGUUAAAUAUUACGAGGAAAAUUUAGAAUUGAUGAAAGAGCUAAAUGAUUCUGCAGCCCAAGGAAGAGCAUGUGGAAAUCUAGGUAACACAUAUUAUCUGUUAGGCGAUUUUCAACAAGCAAUCAAAUACCAUCAAGAAAGAUUAAGAAUAGCGAGAGAAUUCGGAGACAAAGCUGCUGAAAGGAGAGCCAAUAGUAAUUUAGGAAAUUCUCAUAUAUUCCUUGGGGAAUUUGAAUCGGCUGCUGAAUAUUACAAGCGGACGUUAGUGUUGGCUCAAGAAUUGGGGGACCGGGCCGUAGAAGCUCAAGCAUGUUAUUCUCUCGGUAAUACAUACACACUCCUUAGAGAUUAUCCAACAGCAAUAGAAUAUCACUUACGUCAUCUAAUAAUUGCUCAACAAUUAAUGGAUCGCGUGGGUGAGGGCAGAGCUUGUUGGUCACUCGGCAAUGCUCAUUCGGCAAUGGGUAAUCACGAAAAGGCUUUGUACUUUGCCACGAAACAUCUCGAUAUAUCGAAAGAACUCGGUGAUACGAUGGGGCAAAACACGGCUCAAAUGAACGUGGCCGAUUUGAAAAAAGUUUUAGGGAUUUCAACGACUGAAAUUUCACCAGAUUCUCAAUCAUCUGUCCAAUCGACCAGGAGAAACAGGGUGAGAAGGCAAAGCAUGGAACAACUUAAUUUGAUUAAGUUAACUCCUGAUGGAAAACAAAAACCAAGUGCUUCCGAAAUGAGUCCUCCAUCAAUGCCAUUCAAAUCCGAUGCUUCAAAUAAAGGGGAACGGUUAGAAGAUGAAGAAUCGUUUUUUGAUUUGUUGUCAAGGUUCCAGUCGGAGAGAAUGGACGAUCAAAGAUGUUCACUGAGUGUUGCCGACAAAGAAAAUAAAUCUGUUAGAUCAAAUCCUUUGGGUCCUUUGCCCAACAAUGGCGAAACGAAGGAUGAUCUUCUCGAUCUUAUUGUCGGAAUGCAAAGUAAAAGAAUGGACGAACAACGGGUGGCUUUGCCACAUCUUCCGGGCCUUUGCCCUCCAUCCGUUCCUUCUCAAAAUCCCGUAAUACAAAGGUUGUCUCUGGCGGAUUCUAAAAAUACAGCUCCAGACGAUGCAUUUUUAGAAAUGCUCAUGAGAUGUCAGGGUUCCAGAUUGGAAGAUCAGAGAAGUUCGCUUCCGGAAGAAAGUAACACGGAUCAAAGAAAAGCGCCGACGGUACCAGACGAAGAUUUUUUUUCGUUAAUUUUAAGACUUCAAUCGGGACGUAUGGAAGAUCAAAGAGCUGCCGUUCCUCCUCCCGAACAAAUCAGAAACGGUUCCGUUCCGAACGCGGGAGCGGGACAAAGACAAAACUCGGAAGAACCUAGAAAAGAAAAGAAAAAAUGA